AUGGGAGUAGGUCCAUUGUGCCUUGCAUCACCUGUGCUGCUCAGUAAAACCAUACCUACUAGCCCCCCUCUGUUCGUCCCCCUCUGUGCUUCCCCCUCUGUGCUUGCCCCUCUGUGCCUCCCCCUCUAUGCCCCCCCCUCUGUGCCUCCCCCUCUGUGCCUCCCCCUCUGUGCCUCCCUUACUGUGCCUCCCCCUUUGUGCCUCCCCCUCUGUGCCUCCCCCUCUGUGCCUCCCCCUCUGUGCCUCCCCUCUGUGGGCAAUGCAGUGUGA